AUGCCACAGAAAGAUUUCAGGAGUCAAACAAGCUGGGAGACCGGUGUGGCCUCCAUGAUGCAAAACAGUCACAGUGGAGUAAACCAGCUGGGAGGUGUGUUUGUGAAUGGGAGACCUUUACCUGAUUCUACCAGGCAGAAAAUAGUGGAGCUGGCACACAGUGGAGCUCGACCUUGUGACAUAUCCAGAAUACUACAGGUGUCUAACGGCUGUGUGAGUAAGAUCUUGGGAAGGUAUUACGAGACAGGUUCAAUCCGUCCACGGGCCAUAGGAGGGAGUAAACCCAGGGUGGCCACUCCAGAGGUGGUGGGAAAGAUCGCUCAGUAUAAGAGAGAGUGUCCGUCCAUUUUCGCCUGGGAGAUCAGAGACCGACUGCUGGCAGAGGGAGUCUGCACCAACGACAACAUACCCAGUGUUUCAUCAAUAAAUCGGGUGCUCAGGAACCUGGCCAGUGAUAAACAGCAAAUGGGCACAGUAGGAGCUGAAGGGAUGUUUGACAAACUCAAGAUGCUCAAUGGACAAACUACUUGGGGUGGACGCUCAGGGUGGUACGCUGGGACUACACUAACUUCUACUGAGUGUCCACAGGCAGAGGGAGGGGAGAACACCAUAUCAGUUAGUUCCAAUGGGGAGGACUCAGAGGAGACUCAGAUGAGGCUUCAGCUGAAGAGGAAACUUCAGAGAAACCGGACAUCUUUCACACAGGACCAGAUAGAAGCACUGGAGAAAGAGUUUGAAAGGACUCACUAUCCUGAUGUGUUUGCCCGAGAACGUCUUGCUAACAAAAUAGACCUUCCAGAGGCAAGAAUACAGGUUUGGUUUUCCAACAGACGAGCGAAGUGGAGAAGAGAGGAGAAGCUGAGAAAUCAACGUCGUCAGGUGUCCAACUCCUCCAACCAUAUUCCUAUUAGCAGCAGCUUCAACACCAGUGUUUACCAGCCUAUACCACAGCCUACUACGCCAGUGUCCUUCUCAUCGGGCUCCAUGUUGGGUAGGUCGGAUCCAGUUCUGUCCAACAGCUACAGCUUACCAGCCAUGCCCAGCUUCAGUAUGGCUGCCAGCCUGCCUAUGCAAGCAUCCAACCAGACCUCUUAUUCCUGCAUGCUGCCCACCAGCCCCUCUGUAAAUGGAAGAAGUUACGAAACAUUCACUCCUUCACACAUGCAGCCACACAUCAACAGCCAGUCAAUGACGUCUUCUGCAACGUCGUCAACAGGUCUGAUUUCUCCUGGUGUCUCAGUUCCAGUCCAAGUUCCAGGAAAUGAAGCAGACAUGUCACAGUACUGGCCACGCCUGCAGUGAUGUCAUUUUUACCCAGCAAUUGUUUUUGCCUGCAGGGAUCACCAGCAGUGACUGCUGCAACAGGACUGUAUGGGACAUCAAAGCAUGACCAAACCCUACUUUACAGCUUGACCUGACAUGACUCAUACAGACUGCACUGCAGAAAAUGAAUAUGAAAGGAUAACUCUUAUUAAUGUCUGCAAGAAAAUGUUCAAACCAAAUUCUGGAGACAAGCAGGACAGAACUUUGAGUACUCUUCCAACUACAGGAUUGUAAUAUCACUAAAACCAGAACAAGUUCAACUCCAACUGGAUCAAUAGUCUUGGGGAGUUCGGUCUCCACAUCAUUUUCCAGCUGCCAUUCAGAGUCUGGUUUGUGGCGACACUGGUACAAGCCCCGGAUGAAAAACUCUAGCCUGAGCUGUACUCAGGAAGCUCAGGAAGGUGGCCCAUAUUUUGGUAACACUAAUCUCCAGACAGGAAUAAACUGCUCAGUGUCCAUUGGACAUUCUGUGGGAAGACAUAUUACCUCUAAUUUCAGUUUCUAAUUUAUAUCAUGUUGGUGUAUUUGUAGCAAAAAAGAUGUUGACUGAAACAUAAAGGGAAGAACUUAAUGAAACUUGAAAUUAACUGUCUGCUGUGAAUUUGUUUCAUCAGCAGAUUCCAAAAGCUCCGGCCUGGAAUGUGUAUAAAAUUCAGAAUGUGGACUCUGGUUAUAUGUGUUUGGUAUUGUAAAAACCCUGACCUGGAUGUGAUAUUGACUCUGGUUUGAACUGAAAAACUAUGUCUAAAUCUGAGUUUGUUUUAAUUCCAAAGCUCCGAUGUCCAGAGAUUUAACAGUGAACCAACUAUUGAAAGACUGGAAGCAGAACAAACACCUUGCUAGCUUAUAUACAAUAGAUUGUGUCUGAGAUGUAAAUCUGUUUCUAAUUUUAAAGUGUAAAGUAUUUGUCUUCUCCAGUGAUCUGGGAGGAUUUCCAUAAUAAAAUAAUU